AUGCUAAUCUUUUACCCAGAUCUCACCGAGGAGCAGGUCAAAGACAUCCUCAGCACAGCUGGAACUGUGACCAAAUUUCGCCUGAUGAUGAACCCAGAGACCGGGAAACCAAAGGGAUAUGGAUUUGCAGACUUUGCCGACGCCGAUGCAGCAGCUUCCGCGGUGCGCAACCUGAACGACUACGAGAUCAUGGGCCGCAAGAUUCGGGUCGACUGGCCUCACAACAACGAGAAAGAUUCUGUACCCGCCGAUUACCCGCAGCAGACACAGCCAAUGGAACAAGAAUCUGUACCACAAAUGCAACAAAUCCCUGGAGCUGCGCCGCUUCCUCCCUUGCCCCCGGGUGUUGACGUUCCACCCCAUCUCGACUGCCCUAAUGCCAUCUCGCAAACUCUCGCCUCUCUCCCUCCCAACCAGCUCCUCGAUGUCCUUGCACAAAUGAAGUCUCUGGCUGUUGCAGACCCUGUCCGUGCUACGGAACUCCUGCGUCAAGCCCCGCAGCUCGCCUACGCGAUCUUCCAAGCGCUACUGCUCAUGAACCUGGUUGACUACCAACUUCUGGGAUCCCUGGUUGAGCAGACUGCCCAGACUCAGGCCCCUCCCCAGUCUGCUCCCCAGUACCAGCAAUAUGGUAUGCCCGGCCAAGUUGGAACACCACCCGUUGCUGGAGGUCCUUUUGCGCCUCCACCUCCACAAGCCGCCCCCGCCCCGCCACAGGUUCCUGGUCAAGAUGAGCUUCUCCAGCAAGUCUUGAGCAUGCCGCAGUCAGCGAUCGAUGCCCUACCUCCAAUGGAGCGGAGCCAAAUUAUGCUCCUACGCCAGCAAUUGAUGCAGGGUGCUAUCACUGCCAAGCCUGCCAAGACUCCCGCUCCUCAAGCACGUGAUCAACACUUGCCCUACCUUUCAGUGUACUCCAGCUUCAGCUUGUACCAAAUCAACAUAUCUGAGACCAACGGUGUCACUCCCCGUGAGAUGUCUCUGGAGGAGAUUGAUGAGAUUCCUGUAGCCAGUACCACUACCUCUGACGCCAACAGUGUCACUCCCGGCGAUGAUUCGCAGGCACAAAAACCAGAUGAUCUUUCUGACAUUCCCGAGAUUCGUCGGGCUCGUGUCGAUGAGAAAGACCGUUACCUUGCCUUGCACCUGCCCCCAAUGUACACGCUGGAAGAGAUCUUUAACGACCUCGCUGCCAAGGCCAUGUCUUUGGGUUUUGAGGAAGUCGUGAAACAUCUCGGAGACCGGCCACUGAGGAUUGCAACCGUCUGUUCGGGCACUGAAAGCCCCAUCCUAGCAAUGGAGAUGUUCCAGAAGGGACUUGACGCAGAACAAAGAUUUAAAGUCUCGCAUAUCUUCAGCUGUGAGAUUGUUCCGUUCAAACAAGCGUACAUCGAACGGAACUUCCAACCUCCAAUUCUGUUCCGUGAUCUCUUGGAACUCGGAAAAGACCAGGCCCGAACGGCCUAUGGGUCACUGGAACCAGUCCCCGGUGACCUCGACAUCUUGAUCGCUGGGACUGCUUGCGUCGAUUUCUCAUCGAUGAACAACAAGCGGAAGCUCCUGAGUGAAGAAGGUGAGUCAAGCAGCACCUUCAAUGCUCUGCUUCGGUACGCACGCAAGUACCGCCCCCGACUGGUUGUCGUGGAGAACGUCAGCAAAGCUCCUUGGGACGACUUUGUCAAAAUUUGGGCCGAGAUCGAUUAUCAUGCCGCCCACAUGAUUCUCGACUCCAAACAAUAUUAUAUCCCUCAGACCCGCACAAGAGGAUAUUUGAUCGCUAUCGACAAGCAACGCCUAGGUGGCGCGUCACCCGGUGCGGCAGGAAUUCGCUUGGACGAGUUUGGUUCUUCGUUCAAGAGCCACAUGCAACAAUUCGCUCGCAAAGCAAGUUCGCCCGCCGGCAUGUUCCUCCUGCCUGAGAAUGACCGCCGCCUAGAGCAGAUCCACAAGGAUCUUGUCACCCGUCUCGAAGCCAGCACGAGUCGGGCCGAGGUCAACUGGGACAGAUACCAGAUCAGACACGCGGAAUUUCGCGCCCAGGUGGAGCUAGGUGAUCAACGGCCCAUUAGCCGUUCCCAGGCAGGGAUUUUGGGAGUAACCCCGCCAGACUUCUAUUGGCGCUCUUGGUUCAACUCACAAGUCGAACGCGUGUGGGAAACCCUCGACAUGAAGUUUCUCGAAGCCGUCACGCGGGGAAUCGACUUCAACCAUAAAGAGCGCUGGAUCGAUCUCUCCCAGGGUGUAGAUCGCGGUAACGAGAGUACCGGCUCGUCCGGGGUCGUUGGCUGCCUCACGCCAUGUGGCAUGCCCUUUGUGACUUCGCGAGGUGGUCCGUUGUCUGGUCUGGAGGCGCUCUCUUUGCAAGGACUUCCGCUGGACCGGAUCAUCCUCACAAGCGAGUCGCAGCGAGACCUGCAGGACCUUGCUGGGAACGCCAUGACAUCGACCGCAGUAUGUGCGACGAUGAUUACCGCCCUCAUUCUGGGAUAUGGCCUGUUGGAAGAAGGCGCAGCCAAACCGGUCGACGCACACGCCCUUGCCGACGAAAAUUCGGCAGCACAGUUUGCAAACGUGGAUGAGGAUGGCAACCUUGUUCUAGUCAACAUUGAGGAUUCUCCCAAGUCCUUUGACUGGUAUGUCCAGCUUUUGCAGCACGGGGCUAGUAGUGCCCAGUGUUGCAUCUGCGAGGGUCAGUCGGUGGUCAAGGAGAAAAUCGGUGAGUGCACUCUGUGUGGGCACCGUGCGUGCGAUUCCUGUGCCGGUAACCCAACGCACGCCUAUCGAUCCAUGGCGGAGCCCAAUUUUGAGCGAAGUUCGCCAGUGGAGUUCAUCGCUUACCUCAAGGGCGUUCUGCCUAUGAGACUCAUGCUGUCCGGUCUGUCCGUAACAGACUUUGACAAAUUCCUCGCCAGCUUCCCAACUGACCACUCACCAAAGCCUCAAUUCACUCAAGAUUCCCCGAUGUCUAGUCAUGAUGAGACUGAAGGGAGCCUGAGCGCUGCGGUGGUGGAAAGUCAGGGUUCGUAUGUUGGCAGUCCAGGUGGCGACAACACCACCAUCGCCGCUAAAAUCGGCGCAGACCUCGCCCGACGGGACUUCAUGGAGACCGUCCGGUCUGCUCUCGCCGAAGAUGUCCAGUUCUACGACAUCCAGCGGUCCGACAUCUGGACUGUCACCUACGAAGGUGAGCACUCCAGCAUGCAGCUGCAGAUUCGCCCUGAUGGAUUCCAGUGGCUGUACUUCGCCAAAGCUCCACGACGUUCUCCGGCACAGUGCCUCGUGAGAGAAAUUUUCGGCAAACCGAUUGCCCGCCUGACCCCGAAUCCGGGCACCCUCCUGCAUGGUUCGUGGCAAAUUGCUGCUCCGCUGAGUACGCGGAUCUCGUUGAAGUUCUCUGGCGACGGAGAACGAGUUCCAGCGUACCAAGCAGCAAUUGGCAUCACCAAAAUGCCGAUUCCCACCCUGCAGGUGUGGACCCAAGUCCGGGUUGGUGUCGACGAUGAUGAUGUGGCCAAGCUUGACGCGGACGUCCGUGGUGUGUACACCCACCUUCCGGACUGUGGAACGGCGCUUUCGUCGUUGUACAAGAAGGAAGCCACAGAGGACUGCCCGGCAGUCUACCUCUUCCUCGACCCCUCUAAGAUUGGCCACCCUGACCAAGACUCGUGUGUGUUUUCCCUCGAGCAUAGCCGUCUUACUGGGUACUCGAGGCGCAUCACCAUCGCCGAACUAUCCCACUAUUGGCGAGCAACGGCCGUCACAGACGAGCCGAAAACAGUCGAUGCCUUCUACCGAGGCUGGUGUGAUGCCCCUGCCGCGAUGACUCUCCAGCCGUUCAUGACUGCCCCAAUCAUCUAUCGCAGUCUGCAGCACGGGUCCACCGUUCGCCUUGGAGGCAUCGACUGUCAUCAAUCAUAUACGUCGCUGGUCUCGCUCGGAGCGCCAGCGACGUGUCUCAAUCUUUCACCGGCACUGUUGCCUUCACUUGCACCACCAUCCUCUGCCUGGCAAGCAGUGGCUCUCGGGAAGUCGUUAUCCGAGAUGCGGGACGUCGCUUGGGCGGUUCAGAAAAUCGCCAGCCGCACGGAGUUCCCGGAAUGGAACAUGAUCACCGUCGGCGCAGAACGCCCAAGUGACGACGACACGUUCUGCCCUACCUGUGACCCCCCAGCACCUGGUAUUAUCUGGGGUCGUGAUCAGGAGGGGCGUGUCAUCCCGUACGAGGAUCCGCGAGGCGCAGCAACUUACGAGCGCGCCGCCAAAUCCAAGCCAGCCCCAUUCGUUCUCUUGCGACGAGUUGAUGAUGCCGGGAAAGCUGAACUGCGUUUCGCCUUGAACAUCCAGUCACUGGCACACCAAGCCUAUGGCCGGCUUGUUAACCGCGGAAAUCACUGUAGCAUUGGGUUCCAAUGGCGGCUGGUCGGCAACACGAACGACUGGGGAAGAACCAGUCACCCGAGAUUCACCCUGCUUGACAAUCAGAAUGAUGCUGCCCAUCACCAGCCACCGAAUUUCUUGCUCGCGUUGCGGCCGGAGCAGCUGCGAUCUCUGACCUGGAUGGUCAGCCAGGAGGCCGAAGAGAUUUUGGCAUUCGUGGAGGAGGAGACGGAAGAGGCUCUCUUGCCUCUGAUGUCGUGGCGAGCCGAGGUCAAAGUCACCAUGCCCAGCGUGGUGCGAGGAGGUGUCCUGUGUGAUGAAGUUGGGUAUGGCAAAACGGCAAUCAUCCUCGGAUUGAUUGACGCCCAGUACCACCAGGACUCUCUUCGCCUGCAGCAAGCCCCUCUAGUACCUGGGCAAAUUGCGACCAAGGCCACCCUCCUCCUGAUCCCACACAAUGUCUUCAAACAGUGGGCCGACGAGAUCCGCAAAUUCCUCGGGGCUAAGUACAAGAUCCUGCGCCUGCCAAAUGCCAAGGCACUCAGCAAGACUUCCGUGAAGCAGAUGCGCGAAGCAGAUAUCAUCCUUGUGUCCUGGUCAAUGUUUAAUAGCCCGGCCUACUAUCAGAUCAUGCGGUACUUUACUGGUACCCCGAAAGUACCCGUGAAGGCGGGCCGAAACUUUGACAGUUGGUUCAAGGAUGCCAGCAGAUCUCUUCGUCGGGUGGUGCGAGUGUUGCAAGAAGAGGGACCUGAGGGGUAUUUGAAGGAUGUAUGGGCUCGGCGGUUGGAGUUGCAGCGGACACAGGCAAACUCCACAUAUGUGCCUUCUCGUCGUCUGCGUGGUGCUGCCUUUCUUGCUGCUCGAGCACAGCCACGCACUACCACUGAGAAUGGUACUCUCGAGACGGACGCACCUGUUCAGUCUUUGGAGUCUUCCCGCGCAUCUGUCAGCCAAAACCCUGACCGUGUUGGCCCCUGCGCAUCUCCUGAGGAGCCCUCGGCCAACCCCACCGUGCAACCACCCGAGGACGUCAGUCCUCCAGCAGGGUCGAGUGACCAGCAAGCCGUCGCUCCAGAUGAUGAUUCAUCAGGUGAAAGUGACAAUGAUCGCGACGUACAAGGGGAGGAGGAAGACGAAACUGAUGCCGACGCCGACAAGCCUGUCCGGAAAAAGGGUAAGCCUGUCCGCAAAAAAUCCAAGUGUGUCGAGCCCUCCAAGACCUGCGACAAGAAGCAGGAGCCUUGGGACGACCGAAAGGGUUUCAACAUCCCCGCUCCAACGAGUCAGCGCAUCCCCUCGCUGGAUGAUAUGACAUACCUCCCACUCCACGCCUUCAGCUUCAACCGGAUAGUGGUUGAUGAGUACACCUACACCCGCGAAGAGCGGAACCUCGCUAUUCUCUCUCUCAUCUCCCGUUCGAAAUGGAUCCUCUCUGGUACCCCCGCACUGGAGGAGUUCGCCGACGUGAAGGAUAUCGCGCGUCAUCUGGGUAUCCACCUGGGCAUUGACAACGACGGCGAUCUGCCUACCUCAAAUUCACGACUCAAAGGCGCUCGUCGAAACCAGACCGCGUUGGAAGCCUUCGAGAUGCACCAGCCUCCUCGUAGCAUGGCCUGGUAUAGAAAUCGCCGGGACCAUGCACAGGUCUUCCUGGAUCAUUUCGCUCGUCAGAACCCAGUAGACGUCAGCUCGUUGCCCCUGGACACACGCCUUGUAGUGUCUGAUUUCCUCCCUCAGGAGGAGACAAUCUACCAGGCACUGUAUGACAGGUUUGUCACAGACGAGGGUCGGGUCCGCAAGAUCACGGGGUCAGAUCUCGAUGCUCUGAGCACGACGCUAAACGUGCUCCUGCUAAAGUCACAGUCCCCCGUUGAAGCGUUACUUAGAUGCGCGACGAUUGCGGGGAUGAUCGAACAUCCCUGGAACGUCGACAACUGUCAAAAGCGCAUCGAGCUUCGGCAAAAGGUCCGAGAGGAACACUGGGACAAGCUCACGUCAUUCCUAAAGAUGGCGUUCAUGGUGCUGAACCUUGCCCAGGAUCAAAUCAGCCAGAGUUGGGAGACCCUACUAGGAGACGCGAGCUGUGAUACCGAUUGUGACCAUGACCGGUGCUUCGGGAAGAGAGUGGGUGAUGCAGAGACCAUGGACUUGGUCCGAGUCCUCCUUGGGGCGGUCUUCGAGAGACCCGACCUAUGGUCUCAGGGUGUACCUUAUGAGAAGCUGAAGGAGAAUGUUGAGAAAAAAAUGCGCGUGGCCCGACCGACCAAGGCCCAAGAGACACAGUUGAGGAAGGUAUAUGUCGAUGAACCCGCCGAAUCACAGCCAUCAACAGAUGGCAAAGAGUCUGGCAGCAAGACGUCCACCACGAACCGCAACUUCAUCCUUCUCUCGGACGAGGACUACCAGGCGAAACUCCAAGUCUGGAAGAUCGACACCGUCCUGAAGAAGGAUCUCGUCUGCGAAAUUUUCAAGACGAUCGAGCAGAUUGUCGAAUGCAGUCGAGAGAUGCGGUUCUUCACCAUUAUACAGGACCUGCAAAUAGAGCAGUCUUACAACUGCGACAAGUGCCUAGGAUCGUUCGAUUUCGAUUCUGCGGGCAGAGACGGCUUGACAGUCAUCCGCAGCUGCGGACACCGUCUUUGCCAGGACUGCAUCGCCCUGGUGAAUGAACCGGCAGAUAAGGAAGCUAUCUGUGCGGUGGACAGAUGCCGCGCCUCUGCUAGCAUGUCAAAGCAAGUGAGUGGGCGUUCCGUGGAAGAUGCUAGUGCUGCGCAAGAAAGCAGCAAGCUCAAUAGCAUGGUCGACAUCAUCAACAACAUCCCAGCCGAAGAGAAGGCGUUGCUGUUUGUCCAGUUCGAAGAUGCCAUGACCUACGCCUCCCGUGCCCUCGAUGCUGCAGGCAUUCAUCACUGUGUGGCCAAGUCCGGAAGGGCGACGGCCAUCACGGACUUUGUUCUUCAAAAGGCAAAGUCCGUGCCGCAGCAGCAGGACGAGGACACGCCGAUGGUCGACGGCAAUGAACAGGACCUGGAUGACCAAGAGGAUGGCGGUCAGAAAAAGAGGAAGAGAGGACGCAAGCUGACCGAGGAGGAGAAGAAGAACCUCCCCCGCCCGAAGGUGCUCAUCUUGCGCCUCGGCAGUGAAAUGGCGGCUGGCCUGAACCUCCAACUCGCCAAUCAUAUUCUCUUCCUUUCGCCUCUCCUGACAUCCAGUCAGCACGACUUCAACGCCGGUAUGACCCAGGCAAUCGGCAGAUCCCGCCGGUUCGGACAAGGACGUACUGUCCACAUCUACCACCUUCUGACGCGCAGAACCGCAGACGUCAACGUCCUCCAAGAAAGGACCCGUACUGUCGUCGUACAACGCGGUGACGAUUAUCUGCAAGUCCCACCCACGGAUGUCCAGCCAUCUGACGAGCGCUGCGAAGGUGACACUCUUCAGUUCACCUCAAUGCCAAUGCCCAACCCAGUCGAGUACGAUUCCUAG